AUGGGCCGAGCACUUCCUGGCGUCCUGAACCGUCAAUCCACCAUCUCUGACGCCACCAUCGACCGCAAGUCUCAAGUGGAGACCAUCGUUGACCUCCACCUCCCUCUUUCUCUCCACAAGACAAUAAGGGUCUUGCAGCAGCUCUCCAGCGGGAAUGCGCCCGAAUCGAACGCGACCCCUGCUGAGAUCUACAAUCGCGGUGGCCCCCAACUCAUGGAACACCUGACGGCGCUCUUCUGCCGGAAAGCCAGUGCGGCUUCCGCCGUCAUCGUGGGGCCACCAACAUGA